CAAACUGUAGUAUUGGCGAGUACAUUCUUGUCUGGAAUGAAUCCACUUUCCUGUACUACAUUUUUGGGCUGGUGAUAAAUACUUUUCCAUCAAUGGUCCAGUUUCAGAGUCUAUAUAUAUCGAAUUGUGGCAAGAGCGUCUCACACACACAUUAUGGAAGGAACUUCUCGAGCUCUUCGUUAUACCAUAAGAUUCGUUGGUCUACUUGGUAGUCAUGCUCUUGGUAGCAAUCCAAGGUUCAUGGCUACAACGGUUGAUCUAGGACGUGAAUUGGUAAGGCGAAAAAUCAGGCUUACCUACGGAGGAGGCAACAUUGGCCUUCAAGGAGCUGUAGCUUCAACGGUCUAUAAUAAUGGUGGUAGAGUUAGAGGUUUCAUACCAGGGUAUAUAGCAACACGAGGGGUCUCUGGACCAACAUAUGGUGCGGAGUACACCGUCUUCAGCAAUUACUAUAAGUAUUUCGAGAUGAAUCAUAUUGUGGAAGCCUUCAUUGUACUUCCUGGAGGGAUUGACACUAUCGAAGGUUUGUUCAUCUUAAUCUCAUGGGCAUCUGAAGGGUUGCACAGCAGACCUAUUGGUCUCUUAAACAUUGACGGUUAUUUCAAUAACCUAAUCAAGUUUCUAGAUGAUGCGGUGAGGCAGAACUUCAUGGCUUUGAAUCAGAGGAAACUGUUCAUUUCUUCUUUCUUUGUUGAUGAGCUUUUGGACAAGCUAGAGUUUGCUAAGGCUUUCCCAGGUCCAUGUGCUAGUUAUGAAGAGUUUGCAAAUCCUGGAAGGUUAGACUUAGAGUUGCAUUUGUAAUAUUUCCAAGUUGAAAUAAUAUUGUCCAUGUACAUUACGUGUCAGUUAUAAAUAUCGUUCUAAGCUGCAUGACCAGUGCAUUUCAGAAGAAUAUUUAUUUCCAACAUCAAAAUGUACCAUGUAAAUAUUAAUCCUUUUCUUUAUCUUCCAGUCUUUCACUGUUGGUGUGACUGUUUCACAUCUUGUUUUGUACUGUCAUCUUGUUGCGACCUUUUACGUCAAUAGGGUAUACGA